CCUACCCCAUUCGAGCACCACCCGCCCCGCCACCGCCUCCAAUCUAAAACCCUAGAUCUCUCUCUCUCCCCACUUCUCUCUCUUCUCCCCCCGAGUCUUCCUCACCCGCCGCCGCCGCCGCCGCCGGAGGAGGAGGAGGAGGAGGAUUCCGGUGCGGCCAUGUACCUCUACAGCCUGACGCUGCAGCGGGCGACGGGCGCGGUGUGCGCCGUCAUCGGCAGCUUCAGCGGGCGCGACUCGAAGAAGUCGGCGGCGUCCGGGUCGUCGUCGUCGUCGUCGUCCACGCAGGAGAUCGCCGUGGCCCGUGGCACCACUCUCGAGCUCCUCCGCCCCGACCCGGAGACCGGCCGCCUCCGCACGCUCCUCUCCGUCGACGUCUUCGGCGCCAUCCGCUCGCUCGCCCAGUUCCGCCUCACCGGCGCCACCAAGGACUACCUCGUCGUCGGCUCCGACUCCGGCCGCCUCGUCAUCCUCGAGUACUCCCCCGACCGCAACCGCCUCGACAAGGUCCACCAGGAGACCUUCGGCAAGUCCGGCUGCCGCCGCAUCGUCCCCGGCCAGCUCCUCGCCGUCGACCCCAAGGGCCGCGCCCUCUGCAUCGCCGCCCUCGAGAAGCAGAAGCUCGUCUACGUCCUCAACCGUGACGCCGCCGCGCGCCUCACCAUCUCGUCUCCUCUCGAGGCGCACAAGUCCAACACGCUCACCUUCUCCCUCACUGCCCUCGACUGCGGGUUCGACAACCCUGUCUUCGCCGCCAUUGAGCUUGAGUACGCCGAGUCCGACCGCGACCCCACCGGGCAGGCUGCCGAGCAGGCGCAGAAGCACCUCACAUUCUAUGAGCUAGACCUGGGGCUCAAUCAUGUCUCGCGCAAGGCCUCCGAGCCGAUAGAUAACGGUGCUAAUCUACUGGUGACUGUGCCUGGUGGUGGUGAUGGGCCAAGCGGGCUCCUCGUGUGCUGCGACAACUUUGUGCUUUACCGGAACCAGGGGCACCCGGAAGUGCGGGCUGUCAUUCCACGCCGCGCUGAUCUCCCGGCUGAGCGGGGUGUCCUCAUAGUCGCAGCCGCCACGCACAGGCAGAAGAGCUUGUUCUUCUUCUUACUACAGACUGAGUACGGCGAUAUCUUCAAGGUUGACCUCGAACACAGUAAUGACACUGUUACUGAGCUCAGGAUCAAGUACUUUGACACCAUACCUGUGACAUCUGCUAUCUGUGUGCUGCGCUCAGGUUUUCUCUUUGCUGCUUCUGAGUUUGGCAACCAUGCACUUUAUCAGUUCCGUGAUAUUGGGCGGGAUGUGGAUGUUGAGUCGUCUUCAGCUACACUGAUGGAGACAGAUGAGGGGUUCCAGCCCGUAUUCUUUCAGCCAAGAGCACUCAAGAACCUGUACCGGAUCGAUGAAAUUGAAAGUCUCAUGCCAAUCAUGGACAUGCGUGUUGCAAAUCUAUUUGAUGAGGAAACACCACAGGUAUUCACAGCCUGCGGCCGUGGUCCUCGGUCCACCUUGCGCAUCCUGAGGCCUGGGCUUGCCAUUAGUGAGAUGGCUCGAUCGAUGUUGCCGGCUGAGCCUAUUGCUGUCUGGACUGUAAAGAAGAAUAUCAAUGACAUGUUUGAUGCCUACAUUGUCGUGUCCUUUGCCAAUGUUACACUUGUGCUCUCCAUCGGUGAGACUAUUGAGGAAGUCAGCGACAGCCAGUUUCUGGAUACCACUCACUCCCUGGCAGUUUCUCUCCUUGGCGAGGACUCUCUCAUGCAGGUCCACCCGAACGGCAUCAGGCACAUCAGGGAAGAUGGCCGUGUGAAUGAGUGGAGGACACCUGGGAAGAAAACUAUCACUAAGGUUGGAUCAAACCGGCUCCAGGUGGUAAUCGCCCUCAGUGGUGGAGAGCUUAUCUACUUUGAGAUGGACAUGACAGGUCAGCUUAUGGAAGUCGAGAAGCAGGACAUGUCUGGUGAUGUUGCAUGCCUGGCCAUUGCGCCAGUUCCAGAGGGGAGACAGAGGUCCCGAUUCCUUGCAGUUGGUUCCUUUGAUAACACCAUCCGAAUACUCUCCGUGGACCCUGAUGACUGCUUGCAGCCUCUGAGUGUCCAAAGUGUCUCUUCAGCCCCAGAGUCCCUCAUGUUUCUAGAAGUUCAGGCAUCAGUUGGCGGUGAGGACGGUGCGGACCAUCCAGCCAACCUUUUCCUCAAUGCUGGCCUGCAAAAUGGUGUCCUGUUCCGCACCAAUGUUGACAUGGUCACUGGUCAGUUAUCUGACACACGAUCUCGGUUCCUUGGCCUGAGACCUCCAAAACUGUUUCCGUGCAUAGUUAGCCACCGGCAAGCAAUGCUUUGCCUGUCCAGCCGUCCCUGGCUUGGCUACAUACAUCAAGGUCACUUCCUAUUGACUCCACUGUCCUGUGAUACACUUGAAUCUGCUGCAUCCUUCUCUUCUGAUCAGUGCUCAGAAGGUGUUGUUGCCGUUGCUGGUGAUGCCCUACGAAUUUUCACCAUUGAACACCUGGGGGAGACUUUCAAUGAAACAGCCAUCCCUCUGCGCUACACCCCAAGAAAAUUUGUGAUUCUUCCAAAAAAGAAAUACCUUGCUGUCAUUGAGAGUGAUAAAGGUGCGCUCAGCGCAGAAGAGCGAGAAGCGGCUAAGAAGGAGUGCCUUGAGGCUGCUGGUGUUACAGAAAAUGGUAAUGCAAAUAAUGGGGAUCAGAUGGAGAAUGGUGAUGGUCAAGAAGAUGGUGCUGAGGACAGAAACACACUUCCAGAUGAACAGUAUGGUUAUCCAAAGGCGGAAUCAGAAAGGUGGGUUUCUUGCAUCAGGAUUCUUGAUCCAAAGAGCAGAGACACGACUUGUCUGCUUGAAUUGCAAGACAAUGAAGCAGCUGUUAGCAUUUGCACUGUGAACUUUCAUGAUAAGGAGCAUGGUACUCUCUUGGCUGUUGGUACUGCCAAGGGAUUGCAAUUCUGGCCAAAGAGGAACCUUUCAGCUGGGUUCAUCCACAUAUACAAGUUUGUAGAUGAAGGGAGGUCACUUGAACUGCUUCACAAGACACAGGUGGAGGAAGUACCUCUUGCCUUGUGCCAGUUCCAAGGACGGUUGCUUGCUGGUGUUGGUUCAGUCCUCAGGUUAUAUGAUCUUGGGAAGAGGAAGUUGCUCAGGAAGUGUGAAAACAAACUUUUCCCAAGGACGAUAGUGUCUAUCCAUACUUACCGAGAUAGGAUCUAUGUUGGUGAUAUGCAAGAGUCAUUUCAUUAUUGCAAGUACAGAAGGGAUGAAAACCAACUGUACAUCUUCGCUGAUGAUAGUGUUCCCAGGUGGCUCACAGCAGCAAAUCACAUAGAUUUUGAUACUAUGGCAGGGGCAGAUAAGUUUGGGAACAUAUAUUUUGCUCGCCUUCCUCAGGAUCUCUCAGAUGAGAUUGAAGAAGACCCAACUGGGGGGAAGAUUAAAUGGGAGCAAGGGAAGUUGAAUGGGGCCCCAAACAAAGUAGAGGAGAUUGUUCAGUUUCAUGUUGGUGAUGUUGUCACAUGUUUGCAGAAAGCCUCUUUAAUACCGGGAGGCGGCGAAUGUCUUAUUUAUGGGACUGUGAUGGGCAGUGUUGGGGCACUGCUUGCAUUCACCUCCAGGGAAGAUGUUGACUUCUUUUCUCACUUGGAGAUGCAUCUCCGCCAGGAGCAUCCACCAUUAUGUGGAAGAGAUCACAUGGCCUACAGAUCUGCUUAUUUUCCAGUGAAGGAUGUGAUUGAUGGUGACCUCUGUGAGCAGUUUCCAUCCCUCCCAGCUGAUAUGCAAAGGAAGAUUGCCGAUGAACUCGACAGAACUCCUGGUGAAAUCCUGAAGAAGCUGGAGGACAUUAGGAACAAAAUUAUCUGAAAGAUCAUUGCGCAUAGCGAAAGAACUAGACAAACUGUUGGGCUCUCAAUGGCUGUAAAAACAGAAUCUCCUUUCCUGUCCGAGACCUAGCAGCUUCAGAUCCGUGGCACAUUCAAGAAAUAAGAAAACACUAGGGCCAAUCGAGUGGAGAGGUGGUAAAGUCCUUAAUGGUCUGAUUUGUAGAAUUCUUGGUGCUAAUGACCUGGUGUCUGGAAUUCGUUGUUAAUGGUCUGAUUUGUAUAUUUCUUAGUUAACAAUGGCUAAGUUGACCUUUCAGAUCGAAGCGAGAAUAGGUCACAUAACUGCAUCAGCAUCAGAGUGUUCUUCUGUAACUCUUAGAGCAUGCUUUAGCCUUUGUGUUAGUAUUUGCUGUGAUGUAGUUGGACAAGUUCUUUGUUUUGAUGGUUGACUCAUCUGUAGGCUGCUGCUACUUUCAUGAUGUACGAUAGAACCUUUUCAUUUUUUCAGGUGAUACUGAAGCAGAUGUAUUGGUGCUAUCCAAUUUGAUUUUCCUGUGAUAAUAUUACACUUUUGAUGAUGAAA